CUUGUUUUUCAUCCACAACGAACAAUGCACACUUCCACGACUGUCCUCGACGGCGAGUCGCUCCUCCCCGAGCAGCUCUACGCCCUGAGCCAGGGAACCGUCAAGCUGGACUUUUCCAAGGACGCAUGGGAGCGCAUCAAGCGCAGCCGCCAGCUCAUCGACGAUAUUGUGCGCAAGGGCGAUCCCGUCUACGGCAUUAACACUGGCUUUGGCUUUUUUGCAACAACGCCGAUCGAACCGUCGGAGCUGCACAGACUGCAAAUCAACCUCAUCACCUCGCACGCCGCGGGUGUGGGCGAGCCCAUUUCUGUUGAGCGCACGCGCAUGCUGCUUGCCCUGCGUCUGAACGUCUUUGCAAAGGGACACAGUGGCAUCCGCCCAGAGAAUGUGCAGCGCAUGCUGGAUGCGUUCAAUGCAUCCUGCCUUUCGUGGGUGCCGUGCAAGGGCACGGUGGGAGCAUCUGGCGAUCUCGCGCCGCUUGCUCACUUGGCGCUUGGUUUGAUUGGCCAAGGCAAAAUGUGGGACCCCACUUUGCAAAAGUAUGACCAAGCAAACGAGGUUCUCCAACGACAUGGUCUGACACCCAUCGAUUUGCAUGCCAAGGAGGGUCUCGCCAUGAUCAACGGCACCCAGUUCAUGACAGCGCACGGAACGGAGGCGCUUGUCCGUGCUACUCGCGCGGCACUCCAAGCAGACGUGAUUGCGGCGUUGACGCUGGAGACACUGCACGGCACUCACCGUGCCUUUGACGAGAAGAUCCACCGCGCUCGUCCUCACACUGGACAAAUCGAGUGUGCGGCGCGCUUGCGCUCCCUUUUGCACACAGAGGAACAGCCGUCUCAGAUUUAUGGCAGCCAUCAUGGCUGCGGCCGCAUUCAAGAUGCAUACACACUGCGCUGCAUCCCACAAGUUCACGGCAUUGCCCACGAUACUCUGGCAUUCGUGCGCAAGCUCGUCACGACAGAAAUCAAUAGCGCCACCGACAACCCGAUGGUUUUUGCCGAAACACAACAGUCCCUCUCUGGCGGCAACUUUCACGGCGAGUACAUCGCCAAGGCGUGUGACUUUCUGGCGAUCGGCAUUCAUGAAAUCAGCAGCAUGAGCGAGCGUCGUAUUGAGCGCCUGGUGAACUCGUCGCUCAGCGGCUUGCCCGCCUUCCUCGUCAAGGCUGGCGGCUUGAACUCUGGCUUCAUGAUUGCACAUUGCACAGCAGCCGCGCUGGUUUCCGAGAACAAGGUCCUGUGCCACCCGGCAUCGGUCGACUCGCAGAGCACCUCUGCCGCCAAAGAAGAUCACGUCUCGAUGGGCGGCUUUGCCUCGCGCAAGGCAAUCGAAGUGGUGUCGAACGUUGAAACGGUGAUUGCCAUCGAGCUGCUUGCCGCUUGCCAGGCACUCGAAUUCCUCCGUCCGCUGCGCACUACUGCGCCGUUGGAGGCCGUGCACCAACUCGUGCGCCAGCACGUCAAGCCGUUUGAUGAGGAUCGUUUCAUGUCGCCCGAUAUUGAGGCUGUCGUCAAGCUCAUCCGUGAAAACAAGGUCUGGGAGGCUGCCACUGCCGCUGGAACCCAAUAAACCCCCCGACUCUCCCCUAAUUGUUCCCAUGCUCGUGUGCUUUGAAAAUAAACAUAAUAUCGAGC